CAGUCUUCAGCAGGUUCAGCUGUCAAGACAGAUGCCUGGAUUAUCGUCACGACCAUGUGCCCUCGGUUAUUCGUGGAAUUGUCAGAUUUUGGAGUUGUCAGUUGAACCACUGGCGACGCUGCAGACUCCAAAGUUCCCCCAGUCUGUAAAAAUCCAUCACAGCUGACUCGAUUAAAACUGAAAGUCGAACUUUUGCUUUUGGAGCACGAGGAUUUAGCAACACAACUGCUGAGUAGUUUAAAUCGAGCUAUUGUUGACGACUGAUAAUUGUUUAUCGAGUGAUCAUGGCCGCCGGUGUCAUUGGGGCAUGCAGAGUCACGGGGCCGGUGAUUGGAAAAACAAAUCUGCCGAUCUUGACUGCCACUCGAUUCGUGAGUAAAUCAACGACAUGCCAGGACAGCGAAGGCUGGCUUAGCAAAUUAGGUGUCCGGAGAAUGGAACCAACCAAGGAGUCUCACUCCCGUAUGCUAUCGGAUAAAGAGGUCAUUUAUGCAUUGCACACGCAUAACAUCCGACCAGAUUCAUACGACAAAUACAUCAAGAACUACCAGGAGAACGUCGAUCUUAUCCAUUCCAAGAAGGGUGAGUUGAACCACGAACUGGUCGCUUCCUGGACAGUCGAAGUUGGAGAUCUAGAUCAGGCGAUACACCUCUGGCAGUACACUGGGGGAUACGAGAGAGUCGACCACGCACAAUUACAUUUAUCGAAGGAUGAGUCUUAUCAGCGAUUACUCAAAGAGCGCGGCAAUUAUCUCCGCUCUCGACAUCUCCAGUAUCUGCUGGCAUUUAGCUUUUGGCCGCAGAUUGUUAACCGAGCAGGACCAAAUAUUUAUGAAAUACGUAGCUACAGACUCAGACCCGGCACUAUGAUCGAGUGGGGAAAUAACUGGGCUAGAGCCAUUAAUCAUAGGAGAAAUAAUGACGAGCCGUUCGCCGGAUAUUUUUCACAGAUUGGGAGAUUGUACAAUGUACAUCAUAUCUGGUGCUACAAGGACCUGCAAUCGAGAAAAGAGACUCGUGAAAGUGCCUGGCGUUCCCCAGGUUGGGAUGAAUGCGUGGCGUACACCGUUCCCCUCAUCCGAGAGAUGCACUGUCGUAUUUUGCGACCCACCACCUUCUCUCCCACUCAAUAAAUCCAGAAGUAACAAUUAAAAAAACACAAAGAAAGCGUCAAUUUAAUUUGCAAACUGCCUCUGGCAUAUUUCGAAGUCUACCUUCUCCUCUCGUCGAAAACCUUUGGAAAUUGAUUUACAUUUAUUUUAUAUAUGUAUAAAUGGAUAGAAAUUGAAUAAUCUUGUAUCGUCGUUGUUGAUAAUAAAAGAUAUGUACGGGAAGACUUGUAUAAAAUAUGUAAUAAAUAUUGUUACUCAUUCAUUUGAUUAUCUCUUCGUUGCUCAGAACAAGAUGCCUCAAAUGUUGAGCCACUACAAUCAUUUCCACUACACCUGAUCUUUUUUUAUAUAUUUCUCGCUAAUUCAUUCAAUUGCUGAAGAACAGUUUCAUGAAGAGACAUGAGCUCGCUUAUCAUCAUUGAGGAUUUCAUUUGUUGUUGAUUUUUUUUAUGUUCCUUCGAUGCGGUUUGGUAUGUAGCACCGGCAUUUGAUACCGUUGAAGUGCCGACAGCCGAAUAUCAAUGUCAGCACUGAUAGAAUGGAAUACAAAAAAUUACUCUUUAACUAAUUAUUUUUCUUGAUACCUCAGUAGUAAAGUGAGAAUUUGAAUUAUGGAUUUACUUUGAAAAUUAUUGAUGUAGGAUGGAAUGCUAGAGAACGUUUUUAUAGGUAAUUAAAUUUUUGAUUAGAAAGGUGAUUUGACACUUUCUUCUAACAUCAAUAGUUUUAUUAAUUGAUGGAUAUUCAAUAAAACUAUAAACAUUUGUUUGGAAUGAAUUAAUCAUUCUAUCAGUGCACAAAUUUUCCUGAUGAAAUCGAUUGCUCAGUAAUUAAAACUAUCUAAUUAAUGUGGUUGUCUUGCAGAUUUCAACAUUUUUAGAAUUGAACGUGUGAAUGAUGUUUGAUUUUCGCUAAUAAUUGCUAAUGAUAAUCGUGGCGGACUGCAGGUAAGAAAUAUUCAAUGAAUAUUGAUUUUUUUUUGUCGCUCAGUCCGUGAAUGACAAAAAAUAUUGUUCAUCACUCGGCCGAAAAGAACUCAGACUGUAAACUCACAAUCACCAGGAAAAUUCCCACCGGCCCAAUGACGAAAUAUACUAUAUUUCAAUUUCAUAGAUUUUCUUUGUAAUUUCUCCAAUUCAUUAAAUUUUUCCUACGUGAAUUUCCCUGACAGGGCCUCUAUUAUUUUAUAAUUCGGGUUAUAAUAUUAUUUUCAAAUCCUGCAGGUGAAAAAAUCCUGAAAAAUGAAAAUUCUCCACUAAGAUAAAUAAAAACAAAAUUAACGCACCCAACGUGCAUGAUCUCCCGCAGAUAAAUGAUUUUUAGAAACAUCUAAAA